AUGUCACAAGAUGCUCUACUGCGGUUUGAUGGCAGGGUCGCAGUUCUUCAACAUGUCACUGAGCAGCAGUUUUGUGACCAUGUGCUCCCCGCUAGGCUACCGGUGGUGCUGAAAGGUUUGGACAUAGGUUGCGCCCCACAGCAAUGGACACCUGCAUAUUUGAGGGAUCUGCCGUCGAGUCAAGCCACUCUUGUGGGCGUCCAUGUGUCCACAGAGCCCAGUGGAUGCCUUAAUUUUGUCAACAGGAAUUUUGUGUUUAAGACAAUGAGCCUCUCCGAGCUUGUUGCAAGGUGCACAGGACAGAAGAUGGAGCCUUUGAUUGGGAACGGAGAGCGAUAUUACCUGAGGAGCAUUGGAGCCAAUCCACGAAAAGAGCCAUCAAGCAUUGAAAAGUCAUUCCCAGACUUGGCGCGGUCACUGAAUCUGCCUCAGCUCUUUCCUGCCGACUCAGAGUUUUCCAGUGUUCUUCGCAUCACAUCGCCAGGGGUCAGACUGUGGACCCAUUUCGACGUCAUGGACAAUUUCCUAGUUCAAAUCAGGGGAACGAAGAGAGUGCAGCUGUGGAGCCCAGAUGACGAAGAAAAUUUAUAUGUACAGGGUUCCAGCUCUGAGGUCAUGGACGUUGACGAUCCAGAUUUGGCGCGCUACCCGCUGUUCGCCAAAGCCUGCCGCUGGAAGUGCGAGCUGCAACCGGGGGAUGUGCUUUUCAUUCCUGCCCUGUGGUUCCACAAUGUGUACACGGAAGAAUUUAGUGUAUCCGCCAACGUCUUCUGGCGCCAACUUCCCAAGAACAUGUACGACAAGAAAGAUCUGUACGGUAACCGCGAUCCAAUUCCUGCCACGGAGGCCCUCAAGGCGAUUGAUGCAGCAGCAGCCAAGCUGCUGGAGCUGCCAAAUUACUACAGGCAGUUUUAUUGCAAGAGGCUGCAGCGGCAGUUGGGAAGUUUAGUGGACGCUGGUGCUUGUGGGGAAUGUGGGAUAGAAUGA